CGUAAAAGUGACGUAUACGAUUAUUGGGAAUAGCGCAUGCGUUAAGAAAGGAGUGCGAUCGAAUUCCUGAGUGAACGUCAGUGGCACGAGGAGUGACGGAGGAAUUAAGUCGUAGCUGGCAAACAAAGCAUCAUGUCUCUUAUCAAACGGAAUAUAAGGAAAGUUUUGUUUAUAUGACCUUAAAUUAAGACCUUUAUUACGGCUUAAAUAUGAAGUGUUUAACUGUGUACGCUUUAAUUAUAACUGCUAUCGUAACAUCACCGGCCGAUAGUCGAAAAGUGUUGUCACGAGUAGUUACAACAAAAUACGGAGCUGUUCGUGGCCACGUGGUUACUUUACCUAAUCGUCAUUUGCAACCUGUGGAGGUGUUUUUAGGUGUACCUUACGCUAGUGCCCCUGUUGGGUCGCUUCGUUUCAUGCAUCCAGUUACACCACCUCAUUGGAGGGGGGUCAGGACAGCUGAUGAUUUCGGUCCCGUGUGUCCUCAGAAAUUACCCGAUAUCAAGAACGAAACAGAAGCGUUAAAAAGAAUGCCCGCCGGAAGAUUGGAAUAUCUUAAGAAACUUUUGCCUUUUCUUCGUAAUCAAAGUGAGGAUUGUCUUUAUCUGAAUAUUUACACGCCCGCGAAUGAAGGAUGCCGGAAAGAGUGAAUUUUCCG